UUCCUGCGUGAGAGAAGAUCGCGAGCAUACCGCCGCCUGCCCGGAGGUGCGGGCUCCUAUCUGCAAUACACGUAUCAUAAUUAUAAAUAAUUCAUUUGAAAAUGAUGCUACAUUUUGCUGAGUGGAUAUUUCUCAUAAUGCCUAUUUUGGGCUCCAGAGCUGUAAUUUACAUCCAGAGGCUAGAAGGCCAGUCGCUGGACAUUCGCUGUGAGUCUGAACAGUCGGGGUCCACUGCCGUGGGCUUGUACCUGAAGCACAAGUUCCCCCACCCCGAGAGACACGUGGCCUCCAUCUCAACCGACGGCAAGAUGUCCGAGACCCCCCAGUACCUGGGCCGCGUGAAUGCCCACGGGGGGCCGGGUGCCGGCCCGGUCAAUAUCACCGUGUCCCGGCUGCGGCACACAGACACCGGCGUCUAUUUCUGCGAGUUCAACCACUCGGGCGUGACUGUGCUUGGGAGCACGGAAGUCUUCGUCUCCGUGGAAGUGACAGGCUGCCACUGCUUGCGCUAUCCUCUACUGCUGUACAUCAUUUGUGGGGCAGCGGUCUUCCUCUUCCUCACCGCCAUGGGGUCUGGACUCAUGAAGUUUGGUAGAACGUGCUGCUGCAGGCAGCAAGCGGAGGCUCCCGUCUACGAGGACAUGAUGGGCAUUCACAAGCGCCGCGUCCGCCGUGCUUCACAAAGCCACGGAGCCCAAGAGGCCAGAACACGUCCCCCUCUUUAAGCCUGAGGGGUUUCCCUUGUUAAUUUGUAGUUAUUUAAUUAUGUUCAUUUAGUUCAUUCAUUUAUAGCUUUCAUAUUUCAUAUUUUUAUAUUUCUUUCUCUCCUUGCUACUUGCUCAUCAUGUU